ACCGCCACCCUCCCACUAUACUGCCCUCCCUCCCCUUCUCUCAUUCUCAACAGUUUCCACAUAGCAGAGCAAUCUCCAGGUCUUUGCAAACAAAUCCAAGGAAACCCUAAAAAUGGCGGAUAUGAGAAAACAACAACAAUACGUCAGUGGUGGUCAUGAUCAGCAGAGUCAGUACUCCUCGGACGCUAAGAGCCUCCUUCCCCAAAACGGACCCUCCGCUUCUCAAAUCAUUGCCGUCGUAACACUUGUUCCGCUUGGUGGGACCCUCCUACUUCUGGCCGGCCUCACGCUGGCCGGGACUUUCAUAGGGAUGGCCCUCUCGACGCCGCUUUUUGUGAUUUUCAGCCCGAUUCUGGUGCCGGCUAUUGUCACCGUCGGCUUGGCGGUGGCUGGAAUAUUGACCUCAGGGGCUUUCGGGAUCACGGGGCUCUCUUCUUUCUCGUGGUUGGCUAACUAUCUGAGACGCUCGCGUCUGCCGCAGCAGGCAAUCCGAGGCGCGCAGGAGACUACGGGCCAGUUGACGCAAAAGGCGAGGGAUAUGGGCCAGAGUGUCACUGAGAAGGCGCAGGAAGCUGGCCAAGCUGUCUCGGGCAAGGCACAGGAGGUAGGCCAAGCUGUCCAAGGCAAGGCCGAGGAAGUGGGCCAGAAUGUCAAGAGCAAGGCCCAGGACACGGGAAGGACUCACGAAGGCGGUAGAGCCCGGGAUGUGAAGGUGACAUAGAGAAAUGGCUAGUUUGCCCGGCGGACCUCUAUGAGUCUCUCUCUCCCUAUCUAGUUUUGGUUUAGCUACUUUGGUGUUAUGAUGGUAGUUGAUGUAUGCUUUUAUCAUUUUGUGUGUGUUGUAUGUUGUAUGUGUUAAUAAAGGAGUGUCCUAAGUGUCAUAGGUAGCCAUCCGAGCCGCAUAGGUUUAUUAUGUAUGUCAUUGUCUUUCUAUUAUCAAUUUACUAUUGUCAUUUGGAUCAAAGCGUUUGGAUUUUCAAUAUUUUGAUUUGCGUUAUC